AUGAGCGGGGCGGAAACAGAUGAAGACGUUAAAAGGAAAAGAGAGGAUAAUGAUAGUUCCGAAAGAACGAAACUGCUCCGAAAAACAACUAUGAAACGAAAGGAAGGAACGGAAGAGAAAAUGAUAGAAAUGAUGAAAGAGCUGAUGAGUAAGAAUGAAAAUAUGAUGACUGAAUUAAAACAAAUAAGGCAAGAGCAAAAGGAGACCAACGAACAAUUAAGUGCAAUACGAAAGGAGAAUAUCACGCUUAAAAAAGAAAUAGAACAACUGAGCAAUAAAGUCGAAACCCUAGAGAGACGGAAUAAAAAGGAAAACCUGAUAAUAUCAGGAAUUCAAAUUCCAACAAAUGACGACAAGGAAAUAAAGAGACAAAUGGAAAGAUUUAUAGCACAAGAACUGAAAAUGGAUGUGAAAAUUAGGAAUGCCAGCAGAAUAACCGACAAGGUGUGUGUAAUCCAAAUGGAAAAUAUGUGUGACAAACUAGAGAUACUAAAGCACAAGAAAUUAUUGAAAGCCUACAAGGAUAAAGUAUACAUAGAGUCCGAACUGACAAAAAAAGAAUUAGAAAUACAGAAGGAGAUAAAGCAAAUCUCAAUGGAGGAAAGACGAAGAGGCAACUCCACAAAAAUUGGAUACAAAAAGCUUAUUAUAAAUGGUAGCGAAUGGAAGUGGAACGAAACGGCCAAAGCCCUCCAGAAAACCAACAACACAACGACAUCAAAAAACUAA